UGGGAAAUGUGGUUCGGCCGUGGGUACACGAGGUCAGUCCCGCGAUAACCUCAGGGCUGGAGGCAGAUUCCAAGCUAAGGAACGGUUUGGGGCAGUGUCGUUCCCGGAGGUCGGCGGCCGUUACCUGCUCACCAGCUACGCGGCGCGUCAGGUCCGCGGAGACGCGAGCUCCGGGCGCCUGCGGGGACGGUGAGGCCCUGCUGAGGACUCCGGACACUGCCCAUCUGUAAGAUAAGAGCCUGGAAAGGGGACUCUAUUGGCUAUUGGAAAUUGCAGAAUAAUGGCCCAGGUGACAUUUAGUGAUGUGGCUAUAGACUUCUCUCAUGAAGAGUGGGCAUGGCUCGAUUCUGCUCAGAGGGACUUAUACAAGGAUGUGAUGGUCCAGAAUUAUGAGAACCUGGUCUCUGUAGCAGGUCUUUCCGUAACUAAGCCAUAUGUGAUCAUGUUAUUGGAGGAUGGAAAAGAGCCCUGGAUGGUGGAGAAAAAACUGUCAAAAGGUGUGAUUCCAGAUUGGGAAUCAAGAUGGGAAAACAAGGAAUUAUCAACAAAGAAGGAUAUUUACAAUGAAGAUUCACCCCAAACAGUAACAAUAGAAAAAGUUGUAAAACGACGUUUUGAAUUCUCAAAUUCUAAUAAGAAUUUGGAAUAUAUAGAAUGCAACAAAUUUAGAAGCACCUUUCAUUCAAAGUCUACUCUUUCUGAACCACAAAACAAUUCUGCUGAAGGGAAUUCACACAAAUAUGAUAUAUUAAAGAAGAAUGUAUCAAAAAAGUCAGUUAUAAAAAAUGAGAGAAUCAAUGGUGGAAAGAAGCUUUUGAAUUCUAAUAAAAGUGGGGCAGCCUUCAACCAGAGCAAAUCUCUUAUCCUUCCCCAGACUUGUAAUAGAGCUAAAAUCUAUACAUGCAGUGAAUGUGGGAAAGCCUUUGGCAAACAGUCAAUCCUCAAUCGCCAUUGGAGAAUUCAUACAGGAGAGAAGCCGUAUGAAUGUCGUGAAUGUGGGAAGACUUUUAGCCAUGGCUCAUCCCUUACACGGCAUCAGAUAAGUCAUAGUGGAGAGAAACCUUACAAAUGUGUUGAAUGUGGGAAGGCCUUUAGCCAUGGCUCAUCACUUACUAACCAUCAGAGCACUCACACUGGAGAGAAACCAUAUGAAUGUAUGAACUGUGGAAAGUCUUUUAGUCGUGUGUCCCUUCUCAUUCAGCAUCUAAGAAUUCAUACGCAAGAAAAACGCUAUGAGUGUCGUAUAUGUGGAAAGGCCUUCAUUCAUAGUUCAUCUCUCAUUCAUCAUCAGAAAAGCCAUACUGGAGAGAAACCUUAUGAAUGUAGAGAAUGUGGGAAAGCUUUCUGCUGUAGCUCACACCUUACUCAACAUCAAAGAAUUCACAGUAUAAAGAAAAAGUUUGAAUGCAACAAAUGUCUCAAAGUCUUUAGUAGCCUGUCAUUUCUUGUUCAACAUCAGAGUAUUCAUACUGAAGAAAAUCCUUUUGAAGUUUAGAAAUGCAGGAAAUCCUUCAACCAGCUUGAAUCACUGAAUAUGCAUUUGAGAAAUCACAUUAGAUUGAAACCCUAUGAAUGCAGUAUAUGUGGGAAAACCUUCAGUCAUAGGUCAUCCCUGCUUCAACAUCACAAUUCAUACUGGAGAGAAACCUUACGAAUGUAUUAAAUGUAGGAAGACCUUCAGCUGUAGUUCAAACCUUAUUGAACUGCAUCAAUAAAUUUCACUAUAAUCAGUUCAUACAGAGUUUAUACAUCAGAAUUCAUACUGGAGAAAAGCCAUAUAAAUGUAAUGAGUGUGGAAAAGCUUUUAGCAAAGGCUCAAAUCUUACUGCCCAUCAAAGAGUACAUAAUGGAGAGAAACCCAAUAAUAUGGUAAGUGUGGAAAAGCCUUUAGAUCAUAUGAAUCACUAUACAUGUGAGAAAUCUUACAGAAGAGAAACUAUUUGAAGCAGUGUUUAUCAUGGUAAACUUCAUAGAUCCUCCCUUAUUUAACAUCAGAAAAAAUUUAUACUGGCGAAAAGUUGUAUGAAUGUGGUGAAUAUGGGAGACUUUUAGCAAUGAUGCAGACAUUUUUAUUUAUCAGAGUUUAUACUGUAGAGAAAUCAUAUGAAGUCAAUAAAUGUGGGAAAGCCUUUGUCAGUAUUAAUCCCUUAAUUGACAUAAGUGUACUCACACUAGGAAAAAACUGUGUACAUGUAGCAAACGUGGGAAAGACUACAGGCAAUAGGAAUCUCCUACAAACUCCUACAGGAAAAAAGUUGUAUAAAUGUGGAAAAUUUAGAAAUUGAAGGAAUUCUUCAGUUCCAAGUGCAUCCCUUAUUCUACAGGAAAUAAACUGGAGAGAAAUCUCAUCAUGUAAGAGAUGUAGCAAAGUGUUCACUAAGAGUGUUUAUCUUGCUAGACAUCAGAAGAUGAAUGGUAGAGCAACCUGAAGGAUUUAGAAAUUACAUGUAAAUCUGCAGUGGUGCUAUUUGUAAACAGGAUUCUAUAGGAGAGCAAAUAAACAUAAGUAUGCCUUUCUUAGAGCAGUAGCUUGCAGUUUCAGUUGAGUUCUACUUAGAAAUUCUUUUUAGCUAGUGGGCAUGUGAAGAUAUUUAGUCACCCAGAGAAGCCAGUAAAUAUUAAAAUGUUAAAAAUUAAACCUGCAAAAGAAGUAAAAUGGUGUUAAUAAAAGUUUGGUAUCUAAUAAGAUCAUUUUGUAUAUCAUGAAGUCUUUCUCUGUGACUGUUUCUGGCAAAAAAAUUUCACUAGUCUUAAUAUAGUCUUUAGUGGGAGACUAGCAAACUUCGAGAAAAAUGGCCUGCUCUUUAUACUAAGAAUAGCAGUAUUUUGGUGAGGAUUAUUCAGAGUCCAUUUCCAGUAGGCUUAAUUAAAUACAUUUCAAGAAAAUUUACUGAGCAUCACUCAUGUGUAUUACACAGGGAUGGGAUGUAGGAGUCCAGUAGUUCUGAGCUCUAGUGGUGUGUCAAAAUCACUGGAAGGACUUGUUAAAGCACAGAUUGCUAAGCCUCAAUCCUAGAAUUCCUGUAUGAGUUGAUUUGAAUUUGCAUUUUUCAUACAUUCUUAGGGGCCACUAACACUGUCCAGAAUAUAAUAAUAAUGUUAUGAUGUCACUGACAACAUACUAUUUUCUCAGUCAUACCUAUUAACCAUUCCUUGAGUAUCUUCUGUGGACCUAAUAGAUAAGAAGCACUUCGUACUCUUUAAGAGCUCUGAGGUGUGUGUGUGUGUGUGUGUGUGUGAAGAGCGUUAAGCUUUGGAGUCUUGUUACCUGGGUUUAAAUCCAAGUUGCAUGUAUACUGGCUUUGUGUGACCUUGGACCAACUUCUUCACUGUCAUGCCUCAGUUUCUCCAUCUGUAAAAUGGUAAUAAAGCUAUUUCA